AUGGAAUUAAGGACUGUUCAGACCAAUCUGACGAGGAUUCCACUUUGUGUAGACGGCCAGCCAAAUCGGCAUUCUCGGUUUCGCUACGGAAUCAAAGGCAGAAGAUGUCCUUCGGCUUGGUUCUUCUGUGCAGAUGGUUCAAAUUGCAUCACUUCCCGUUAUGUCUGCGAUGGCCAUAAGGACUGCCGGUACGUCAGCUAA